GCAGUAAACAAUAGUUCUUCUCUUCUUUAAUAAACAACAAAUAUUCUUAGCUAUGGCAGUGAAACUCAAACCUCUGAUUUCAGUCUCAAAUUUUUCAUUUUUCUCUUCAAAAAAUAUUCCAAUUUCGUUUCCGAACUUCAAAUUUCAGAGCUCUGUUACCGCAAUGGCAACUAGUUAUGAGACUUAUAACUUCAAGUUGAAACCUAAAGUCAUUGAUUCUCAUUUGCAUGUCUGGGCAUCUCCAGAAGAGGCAGCAGAGAAAUACCCAUACUAUCCUGGUCAAGAACCUACUUUACCUGGUAAUGUUGAUUUCUUGCUUAAGAAUAUGGGGGAGGCAGGAGUAGAUGGUGCGCUGAUAGUGCAGCCCAUUAAUCAUAAGUUUGACCAUUCUUUAGUUACAAGUGUCUUGAAAAAGUACCCGUCAAAAUUUGUUGGGUGUUGUCUUGCGAAUCCCGCAGAAGAUGGAAGUGGGGUUAAACAACUCGAAGAUCUCGUUUUGAAGGAUGGAUAUGGUGCAGUUCGCUUUAAUCCCUAUUUGUGGCCUUCUGGUCAGCAGAUGACGAACGAAGUUGGUAGGGCAUUGUUCUCUAAAGCAGGAGAACUUGGAGUACCAGUGGGAUUCAUGUGUAUGAAGGGUCUUAAUCUACAUAUUGCGGAGAUCAAGGAGCUGUGCACUGAUUUUCCUUCUACCAUCGUUAUACUUGAUCAUUUCGCUUUCUGCAAGCCACCCAUAAACGAGGAGGAGAAGGAGGUUUUUUCUGCACUUCUUGAGUUGUCAAAGUUUCCCCAGGUGUAUGUGAAGUUCAGUGCCUUGUUCCGUAUAUCAAGGAAGUCGUUCCCGUAUGAUGACACAUCCCAAAUUCUUUCCCAAGUUGUCUCUACCUAUGGUGCUAACCGCGUAAUGUGGGGCAGCGACUUUCCAUUUGUGGUUCCUGAAUGUGGAUAUGUUGGAGCAAAAGAAGCAGUAUCGCUUAAUGCAAAUCAGAUAAACUUAUCGUCUUCUGAUUUAGAAUGGAUAAUGGGGAGAACUGUAAUGCAACUCUUUCAAGAUUCAUGGAUUGCAUCUUAAGAACAUUUUCAACUUACUGUAAAUUAGAUCAAUUUUAGAGUUUGCCGUACUGCAAGACAGUAGUACUACUUUGUUGCGACACCAACUCUACUGCCUAAACUAUUGUCUAUCUUAACCUUAGGACUUCUAUUCUGCUGUCUUAUUUCUUGUUUCCUUUUAAGUUCUAUUUCCUUUAUUACUGAAACUUUUGAGCUAUAUAAUCGGAGAACUAAGUUAUUGUA